CUUCCUGCCACAACAUGGGCACAUACACAUUUCUUUUAACAUGUACGCUGCUCUGUACAGUCACUGGAGUGCUUGCAGAUGUCCUUGAGGAUUACACUAAAACUGAUGGGGCCUGGGUGGUCACUCAAGUCAAACGAGCGUGUUCAGUGAUCACGGCAGCCGAGUGUGCAGCCAAAUGCAAUGCCGAAACAGCCUUCCUGUGCAGGGCCUUUGUUUACAUGGAGAAGGAUCAGGACUGUGUGACGGUCCCAGCAAACUCCAAAAUGGAGAUGCUGCUGCGGAGGAUGAGCUCAGCGUUUUAUGAAAAGAAAGAGUUUUUAAAAGAAUGCAUCUCGGGUAAUGGGAAUAGCUACAGGGGAACAAAAACCAGGACCAAAUCAGGAAGAACAUGCCAGCGAUGGGCCUCCAGAGUUCCCCAUGUACCCAACAUAACUCCAGAGACCCACCCUAAUGCUGACCUGGAGUCCAACUACUGCAGAAAUCCAGACAAUGAUGUCAAUGGACCCUGGUGCUACACCACAGAUCCAAAUAAGAGAUGGGAGACCUGUGGCAUCCAGGACUGCACUGUGGAGUGCAUGUACUGCAGUGGUGAAGACUACAGAGGCAAGAUCUCAACAACAGAGGGAGGCUAUACCUGUCAGCGUUGGGAUUCCCAAAAGCCGCAAAACCAUGGCUACCAUCCCUCCGCACUUCCUGAUAAAUACCUAGAGGAGAACUACUGCAGGAACCCAGAUGGGGAGCCAAGGCCUUGGUGUUUCACCACUGACCCCAGAAAGCGCUGGGACCACUGUAGCAUCCCUCGAUGCACCUCUGAGCCUCCAACUAUAAUGCCAGAGCUCACUUGUGCUACCGGCGAUGGCAGUGCUUAUCGAGGAAUAGUUUCCGUGACAAUAUCGGGGAAAGCUUGUCAGAUGUGGUCUGCCCAGUCUCCACAUGAACACUCUCGAACUCCAGAAAACUACCCAUGCAAGGGCCUUGACGGAAACUACUGCAGAAAUCCUGACAGUGAGAGAAGUCCCUGGUGCUACACAACAGACCCGGAAACGAGGUGGGAGUACUGCAAGGUGCCCAGCUGUGGAAAUCAGCCUGGACCUGAUGAUGAGCCUGUUAUCCCUGAAAUGGAGGACUGCUACACUGGUGAUGGGAGCUCUUACAGAGGGGCCAUGUCAGAGACAAUUAGCGGGAAAAAAUGCCAAGUCUGGUCAUCCAUGCACCCUCAUCGCCAUGUAAAGACACCACAGGCCUACCCCCAAGCAGACCUGCGGAGGAACCUGUGCAGGAACCCAGAUGGUGACACUGCUCCCUGGUGCUACACCACCGACCCCUCGACCCGCUGGGAGUACUGCAAACUGGACAAGUGCACCACCACUCAACCACAAGCCACAGAGGAACCAGUGGUGGACCCCAAGCCCCCCAGCUCAUCUGGCACCGCUGCUCCAAACGCAACAGACUGCAAGGUUGCAAAUGGAGUGACCUACAGGGGUCUCACAUCUAAGACUGUGAUGGGGGUCACCUGCCAAGCCUGGCGCUCCAUGACCCCCCACCAGCAUGCCAAAUUUACUCCUGACUCACACCCUGAUAAGGGCCUAGAGGGCAAUCAAUGCAGGAACCCAGACAAUGAUGUGAAUGGGCCUUGGUGCUACACCAUGGACCCAAACAAGAAGUGGGACUACUGCCAGAUUCCAGACUGCUGUAUGUCGCUGCUCUUCACUGUACACCUUUGUUAGCAAAGAUCACAUAGCUUUUGUGGCCAAGCAACCC